ACUGAAUUAUAUUUACAUAAGAAGCCGCUAAGUUUUGCUGCUUCUUCUUCUUCUUCAAAGAUCCAAAGUUUACAGAAGAAAAGCUCAAGAACCAAGUUUCAUGAAAAUGGCUCUACGGAUGUCUGUUGUUGUUCCCAUCGUUACCCUUCUCUUCUUACUCUACCUUUUGAUUUACUCAAGUAUUUUUGUGAGAAUGAUGAUGAGACAUGGAAAAACCAUGGACGACUUUGAUCGCUAUCUGAACGAGAACCAUUUAGAUCUUGUAUUUCUCAAAUCAUUACGGGAGAAAACAGAGUACAAUGCACGAACUGAAUUUCGGAAUCAAAGUCGAUUUCAUCUCGUCUCUUUGGCAUCAGCUGAUGAACCACUGAGAAAAUCGAAUUUGAAGGUCAACAAUGGCGGAACUGAUAUGCCGGAAUCUAUGAGUCAUAGUCCAGUUCAUCUCGUCUCUUUAGCAUCAGUUUCACCAACAUCGCCGCCUACAUUUCCACCACCAACGCCGCCGUUCUCAACCACGGCAAUUUCAUCACCUCCGCCGCCGUCGCUGACACAGCGCCAAAUCCAAGAACAGCAACUGAACAACAUCUUAGAGGCAUUAAUUGGAGCAGGGGAUUUCGUGGGGUGGGCUAAUUUGUUAUCCUCAGCAGAUCUAUCAUCUCUCCCACUGACCGCCACCUUCUUCAUCCCUGGAAACAAUGCCAUGUUAAAUCAUCAAACACUUGGUGUUCAACAAAACUUAGACCCGUUGUUAAUCGCUUAUCACAUAAUCCCACAACGCCUCUCUUUCUCCGAUCUCCUACAAUUCAAACCCAACACCCGAAUCCCAACUCUCUUGCCUUCGAAAUUCAUCGUCGUCACCAAUAAUUCUUUAUCCAAUUUCACCAUUGAUGGGUCUCAAAUUACACACCCAGAUCUAUACGUAAAUCCUGCCUUCACAGUUCAUGGUGUCGAUAAGAUUCUUGAAUACUCAGUUCAUGAUGCUGAACCCCUGUUAUCUCCUCCUGUUGAAAGUCCACCAAUGCCUGAUGCUGAUGUUGAUGCUCCUACUCCAACAUUAAAGCCGAAAUCAGUGUUUCCAUCAUAUUUUCCUGCAAGAGGAAGAGGUUUUAUUGAUGGGUCUGAUUCAAAUAUUCCAUUUUCCAUUGAAAAGUUUAUGGUUUUUUUGGGUGUUAGUAUCUUUUUGCUGCAGUGAUGAAGAUCAAUGUACUGAGGAACUGGUUCUCACUUCUUUGUUUUUUUCUUGAGUCAGCUUUGUUAUGGUGAAUUCAUGAAGAAAUGAGAAAGUUUUGCAAGAUUCAAAA